CCCUCCCCCGUCUGUCCGUCUGUCCGUCUGUCGGUCCGUCCGUCGGUUCGUGUGGCUCCCGGGCCCCGGCGUCCCCCGCCAUGGGGCGGCAGAAGGAGCUGGUUUCGCGCUGCGGGGAGAUGCUGAGGAUCCGCUACAAGCUGCUGCGCCAGGCCCUGGCAGAGUGUCUGGGCACCCUCAUCCUCGUGAUGUUCGGUUGUGGUUCUGUGGCCCAGGUCAUACUUAGUCGUGGUACCCACGGCGGCUUCCUCACCAUCAACCUGGCCUUUGGCUUUGCUGUCAUGAUGGGAAUCCUCAUUGCCGGUCAGGUCUCAGGCGCCCACUUGAACCCGGCUGUGACAUUUGCCCUGUGUUUCCUGGCCCGGGAACCCUGGAUCAAGCUGCCCAUCUAUACCCUGGCACAGACCAUAGGUGCGUUCCUGGGUGCUGCCAUCAUCUUCGGCCUCUACUAUGAUGCCAUCUUGGCCUUUGCGGACAAUCAGCUGAUUGUGUCUGGACCCAACGGCACGGCUGGGAUCUUUGCAACUUACCCAUCCGGUCACUUGGACACCGUCAACGGCUUCUUUGACCAGUUCAUCGGCACGGCCUCCCUCAUCGUCUGUGUCCUGGCCAUCGUGGAUCCCUACAACAACCCCGUCCCCAGGGGCCUGGAGGCCUUCACCGUCGGUUUUGUCGUCUUGGUCAUCGGCACCUCCAUGGGCUUUAACUCCGGCUAUGCCGUCAAUCCCGCCCGGGACUUCGGCCCCCGCCUCUUCACCGCCAUCGCCGGCUGGGGCUCUGAGGUCUUCACCACGGGCAGGCACUGGUGGUGGGUGCCCAUCGUCUCACCCUUCCUGGGUGCCAUCGCCGGAGUGUUGGUCUAUCAGCUGAUGAUUGGCUGCCACAUGGAGGCCCCGCCCCCGUCCACUGAGCAGGAGAAUGUCAAGUUGGCCAACGUCAAGCACAAGGAGCGGAUCUGAGGGUGCCAGCCCCCCGCCCCCCGCUUCCCCGGACUCCUGACCCCACCCCACCGCCUGCCGCCUCACCCCAGCAGUCUGGGCCCCUUUUUUGAGGACCAAGGGGGAGGCAGGGAUGGGGCCGGCAGGACCACUGAUGCUGCCUCUCUCCCUGCCACCCUCUCUAGUCUGGCUGUCGCAUGCUCCUGCCUCUACUGGGCUCUCCCUUCCUGGGCCCCCCCACGCCUGGCCCUUCCCCUCUUCCCCUGAUGUCACCCCGGCCGCGUGCAGUCCCCUCUCACCUCUGACCUGUCCUGCUCCCGACCCCAACCUCGGCAGAGUGGAGAACCUUCCGUCCAUCCUCUGCAAGGGGCACGUCCUGAGAGAGCCAACUGGGGGGAGAUGUGGGAGGGCCCAGGUGUGUGUGUGUGUGACUCUGUGUAUGUGUGUGUGUGUAUGGGUGUGUGACAGAGAGUACAUAUAGGGGGCAUUCAGGUGUAAGGGGGGACUCCGACCCGGAGGUCCUGCGGAGAGAGGCCCAUUUGGGGAAGGGGCGGGUGUGGACAAGCUGGCCACCAUGGAAGCAGGGACAGAAGCUGGAGCUACAAACAUAGGUCAGGCCCAACUAGAGGUGAUUCCCGGGAGGGCCCCGGUUCCGGGGACUGGCUCUCAGAGCUGCUUCUUGUAGCUCUCAGGCCCGUUUUCACACUCGCCUUCUCUCCGGCAGAGAGGGCGCAGCUUGAAACCAGAGCCAGGGAGAUGGGACUGGGGGAGGGUUAAACGGGAGCUGCGUACCCUGGACUAGACUGCCCCUUCCUGCCCCCCACCCCUGACAGGCCUGGUGCGAGAUCUUCUGGAAAGGGGAGUCGGGAUAGGGGUGCAGGGACCCUCGGGCGACGGCUAUUUGGGCCAGACUCUCCACUCCCGGACGCAGGUGGUGUCCUUGAUGUCUUUCCUCCUCUGGCCUCCCCUUCUCUUUUCACCCUUCGCCCUGCCCACUGAGAGCCGAAAAUUUCCUGUGCAGGUGGGUGAGGGAGGCGCGGGUAUUAGGGGCUCCUAUCGCUUUAAUGCCGAGCCCCGCAGUCUGAAUCUCCUCCGCUUCCCCCGGCCACCCGCCCUUUUAUUAUUUUUUGCCUCUUUCUUUUUGUUGGGUUUUUUUUUUAAAUAAAUUUACACGGAAAACUGCC